GUUUUCUUAGAUUUUUUAUUGAUUUGAUUUUAACUAAUUUAAUUAAGCAAGUCUUCCAAGAAACUACCUAUCAAUUCACAAAAAUUCAAUGGUACUCGUCCUCCGAGAUUUUUAACCAUAUUUCGAGCAGGAAGGAGAACACUUAAGAGCUAUAUAUAAAAGUUUCCCUAAUCUUUUUCUAUGAUUAGAGAUCAAAACAUGGCUAAUUUCCCUAGUGUUCCGAAAACAAUCUCUCUUUUUUCGCUUUGUUUUCUUAUCACCCUCCUUUUUGAUCUUGCUUAUGCUGAUCCUGAUCCUCCAUACAAGUUGUGCUCAGAUGUUCGCGGUUAUGUCGAAAAUAGUACGUUUCAGAAAAACCUCCAUAGCCUGCUAAAUUCAUUGCCUUCAAAUGCUUCUGUUUCCAAGCUGUACAAUACCUCCGCUGGAAAUGAACCAGAUAGAGUUUAUGGCCUUUAUAUGUGCCUCAAUUAUGUUACGAAUGAGAUAUGUCACAACUGCAUCAACACCGCGCAUUUAGACAUUGUUAGGAUUUGUCCCAGCUCAACAGAAUCAGUUGUGUGGGAGGAAACGUGCCAACUGCGCUACUCCGAUGUGAAGUUCUAUGGUGAAUUGAAUGUGGCAGACAACAUUGUGUCCACUAACAAGAAAAACGUUUCAGACCCAAAAAAGUUCGAGAAUACUGUGAAGGAGAAGCUGAGGGAGCUUGCGAAGCAAGCGGCAUAUGAUGCUUCAGCGAAAAUGUAUGCUACUGGAGAUGUACCAUUUGAAGAUAAAGUGAUAUAUGCUCUUGUGCAGUGCACUAGAGACUUAUCUGGAGAUGACUGUGGCAAAUGCCUUCAGCAAGCCAUAGAAGACGUUUUGAGAAAGUAUUAUUUCUCCAUUGGUGCACGGCUUAUGAGCCGGAGUUGCUAUCUGAGGUACGAGUUGUAUGGCUUCUAUAAAGGUGCAACUGAAGCUUCUAUUUCCAGCUCUCCAAAUAACAACAAAGGGGACGGUAGAGGAUGGCGGUGGCGGAUCACGAUCCUUACGGUUGUGUCAGCAUGUCUAGCCAUACUACUUUUGGGUUCCUGUGUCCAUCUUGCAGUAAGAAAAAGAAACAAAAAGGGGAGUAGUGAGAUUUUAAGACAACAUGUAUUGUUCCCGGACCGAAGUUUUCAAGGCAGAAACCAGAAAGUUGAGGAGUACCCCUAUAUCAGUUUGGCAUCUAUACAUGCAGCUACGGAUAAAUUUUCUGAUUCAAAUAAGCUCGGAGAAGGUGGUUUUGGGCCUGUUUACAAGGGUGUACUGAGUGACGGUAAAGAAGUGGCGAUCAAGAGGCUUUCAAGCUGUUCUGAGCAAGGCUCAGAGGAAUUCACAAAUGAAGUUCGGCUGCUAAUGAAACUUCAACAUAAAAAUCUUGUUCGGCUUUUGGGUUUUUGUGUUGAGGGAAAGGAAAAACUGCUUGUCUAUGAAUACCUGCCAAACAGCAGCCUAGAUGUCUUCCUCUUUGAUUCAGAGAAACGAGCGCAGCUUGAUUGGAGCAGACGUGUAAACAUUAUAAGUGGAAUUGCAAGGGGAAUUCUUUAUUUACACGAGGAGUCUCGACUUCAAAUCAUCCAUAGAGACCUGAAAGCUAGCAAUGUUUUAUUAGACGAUGAUAUGAACCCUAAGAUCUCCGAUUUUGGCAUGGCAAGGAUCUUUGCAGGAAGUGAAGGCCAAGCAAAUACGACUACAAUAGUUGGGACAUACGGAUACAUGGCUCCAGAAUAUGCAAUGGAGGGAGUAUAUUCUGUCAAGUCUGACGUUUAUGGUUUCGGAGUACUAUUGCUUGAGAUCAUAACUGGGAGAAGGAACGCCGGCUUUCAUCAAAUAAAACGUGUUCCUAGCCUUGUAACAUAUGCAUGGAAAUUAUGGCAUGACGGAAAAGGGUUGGAGCUACUCGACCCACUACUACUCGAUUCAUGUGAUCCAGAUGAGUUUCUAAGAUAUCUCCAUAUCGGAUUGUUGUGUGUCCAGGAAGAUGCGUAUGACAGGCCAACCAUGUCUUCUGCUGUUGUAAUGUUGAAAAGUGAAACUGUAACUCUUAGCCAACCCGAGAAACCUGCUUUCACGACGGGAAUAUUCACUGACCAUUAUAUCGAGACAGCUGCUGGUGGUAGCUCUAUUAAUGGUCUAACAGUUUCUAUCGUCGUGCCACGAUAACACCAUAAGAUUCAUGAAUCUGCACAGAGUUGAAGCUUUCCUGUGGUAACUUUGUCAUGAAAUUCUUCACUUGUUGUCUAUACCACAAAGUUUUGCUUAGUUCUGUUGUGUGAAUAUUAGUUACUGGCAGUUUAGCUGAUACAAAUUGCUAAUAACAACUGGUUUAUUCCUUUCUAAUGAGAACUAAAAAGAUGACACCAAGCCAAUAAAGCUUUUUGCUUUGCAAGGGUCAGAAGAGGAAAAUUUAGUGUACGCAACAUUAUCCUUACUUUACUAAUAGACGUCACGACUCGAACCUAUAACAUUUCAGUAACAAAACCCGAACCAACCUGGAAAUGGCACUUAUAGCUUGUUUACUAAUUUGUAAUAAUUAUUAUGAUGGAGGCCACUAGCGGCAAAUUAAGGCUAGAUUUAUCAUAACUUGACACUAAAGUAUAAAACUAUGAUAAUGCUCAUUGAUUUGAAUUCAGUUAAGAUGGCUGUAAUUAUAUUCAGGUUCAAAAGUAGUCAACAUAAUAUAAAAAAUUAGUAAUUAAUUAACGACUAAAACUAGGGGAUGCUUAAUCUAGGAAAGGGAUCAUUUCUCUUAAUACACGUUGAAAUUUGAUCAAACGACUACAAAUAGAGAUCUACUUUAAAAGUUAUAAUAACUUCAACUGUUGAAUCAAAUUUUAACAACACAAAUUUCUUGAUUUAAUGAAUUAGGAGGAAAGGAUCCUGAUUAUAUCCUAUCUUCCUGUAUCACUCAUCACGUCUAUAUCCUCACCUCCAAUUUUUGUUGCCAAAUUAUGCAUAUAUUAAAAUCCAGUUUUCUGAUACUGUUUAUUACGAGUGAAAGGACGAAAAUACCCUUGAUUUCUUCUUUGCUCUGCGCACUGUUCCACUUUUCUACAGUGGAAAGUCGGCUAUGCCCUCCCCAGCCGCGCGUCUUUCAUCCUUUGUUUCUCUGCUUUGACCGCAUCUUUUUUGCUUUUACCCUUCCUCUUCGUUUUUCACCUUCAUUAGUCUGCGGUUUUCUCCCUCUUCGUCAGCCCGUCUUUUGCCCUCAAAUCCUUUCUUUUUCUUUCGCAUUUAGUUUCCAGUCUCCCCCGGUAUUGAAUCCUUUGUUAUUCGGCGUUUUGUUCUCAUCUUGCGAUCGUCGGGGCAAGAACUUUAAGGUUGGGACAAAUUUUUUGUGAAAUUGGUGACUAAUCGCAUGCUGCCUCUUCAGAUUAUUGACAAAGAAAUUAUAUUGAACUUGGGUUUUUAAAAACUUGACCUUCGCAGAUUGUUCAAAAAGAAAGCAAUUCUGCUAUUGAUCAGUAUAAAGACGCAACAACAAAGGAGUUAUAUGGACUUGGGGGACAAGAAUUAUAAAUGCAAUUAUUGUGUGCUUAUUUUUAGUUAAAAGAAUCAAACAAACAAUGAACCUAUAAUAAGUGAGGGAAAACUCACUUCGACCCUACCACUAUUAUUUGUGUAGCAUAUUCUCAUCUCAAAAGCAUAAAUAAUGACAAUUACAUAAUUAUGAGAUUAAAGUUUAAGAUGAAGAAUUCCACUUUACUCAGAAUCCGACAAUUGUUUCUUCCAUGACACCCAACUUUAAAAGUCUUUGUGUGAAUUGUCUAUCGAACUUUUGAUUUUGAGAUAAGAUUCCUGCUUAAAAGAUAAUAAUUGUUCAAAAAGUGAGUGUGAGAUUUUAAAAGUCUUUGUGUGAAUUGUCUAUCUAACUUUUGAUUUUGAGAUAAGAUUCCUGCUUAAAAAAUAAUAAUUGUUCAAAAAGUGAGUGUGAGAUGACUCACCUCUACCCUACCAUUAUUAUUUGUCUAGCCUCCCCAUAUUCUUCAUGGUUCAUUUGUUUUCUUUUGUCAAUAUUUGACGUUUAAAUUCGAUUUUUGGUAACGUUUUUUUUAGGGGAAUUGGCUGUUACUAGUAUAGAUAAUCAUUAUCUUCUUUUGGCUUGGUCUCAAUACAUGACCAAUUGUUUGCCUGACCAUUAACAAAUUCAGAUAGGUAUACAUAAGUAUUAGUAAAAUUGUCUCUACUACAGAUAUACCCUCUCCACAUGCCUUAAUUAGCCAAAGUACACCUUAAUGAUACAGAAAUGGUUAAAUCUAUCCAUGUACUAUUUCCAUCACUCAUUACCCGGAUUUAACAAUUUUUCCAAUCCUAAGAUGUUUUUUGGAUCAAUCAAAGCAUAUGGAGAAGGUGUAUCUUUGGUUGGAGCAUUUGUAUCCAUACUUUUAGAUAUCCGUCUUAAACUUCUCAAUAAACAGUUGAAUACUUGAUUAUGUAUAUAGAGCAAGCGAAAAGAAGAAAGUUUUUAUCUAUAUAUUGGUAACAACCAAUUCCUCUGAAGAAAAAAGAUGAAAAUGAUGACAUCUGAAAUGCUUGAUCAAAUUACAUCUCUAUAUUUUGCAGAGAAACCAAACCAAAGAUAUCUGAUCCAUCUUUAGCACAUAUUAUAUCCCAUUCUUAUAUGGCAACUUUUUUCAGAUUAAUCACUCCACAAAUUUUAGACAAAUUUAUAUUCACAAUUUCCAAUUUGACAAAAUACUUUAUUGCCCUGUGUUAUCUUUUGUGAUAAACAUAUGAAUGCACAAAAACAACCACACAUGCCUUACCCAUUUAGAUAGGCAUUUGUAUCCAUGUUUACACAUCUAUCUUAAAUGCUGUCUUGCAAAAUCCAGUGGUUAAUUCCAAGUUUACUAUCUAAUGUGCUAUUAGAUACUAUUUUUUCGUGAAAUUGGAUACUUUGUUUACAAUUUAAUAAUUUGAUUGCCCCUUUAGUUGCAUAAACUCAGUAAAAUUUUGAGGUUGUAGACACUGAACUGCUGAAUCUCUACGGUUUCUUUUGUUUUGUCCAAUUGUUGUCAUUAUUCUAAUUGGGUAAUUUAAGGUUUUUUACUGUGUUUAUUUAUUUACUGAUAAAUUAGUGGGUCUAAACUCUUAAUUGAAUUGAGGAAAACAGAGAACUAGCAAAGCUUCGUAGAGAACAUGCACCAGUUUCCUGCCAUCCUGAUCCUAUAUUUAUUCCUUCAUUUGGGUAACACAGCUUAAUGAAAUAAAAUUUCAAAAAUAUAUUAAGAGUAUAAUUUCACGCUUUUGAUUCGUGUUUAAAAAUAACAUUUACAUUCACAGUGUCUUUUGCUUAGUGGAUAAACAACUGUAAAUGAGCUUGACUAUGUCAAAUUGAAUAUUUUAGUGCCCACCACCUAUUUGAUAAAAGAUGGCGUCAAAACUCCUCCAAUAUGUGUUCAAGCUGCCCCCCUUCUAUUUCUAAUUUAUAUUGUUUCCAUACACUCAAACCAUAACACUAAAUUCCCAAUUUCUUGCCCACAAUGAUGUGUCUUAUAUCUCAUGGAGAAGCUCUCAAGUCCAUUGCACUGUCCAACUUUUUUGCCCAUUUCAGGUUUGAUUUGUUCAACGCUCUUGAUUGUUAUUUUCAAGCCAACUACUACAUUUUCCAACAAAUUUACAAAGAACAACCAAGCUGGAUUAUAGCCAGAUUCCGUCAAAUUAUAUCACUAUUGGUAUUCCAGCUGCCCACCUUAUAGAAAUUACAAGAUCAGAAUUUUUAAGCGACAAAAUCAACCUGCAAAUUCAGUUCAGAUUUAAGAUUUUUAAGCGAGAAUCAAGUUCAAAAUUCAAUUGAGGAUCAGGUGGGUUUUCAAGAUAAUCAAAUAAGUGGCUCUUCCUCUCAAGAACCAUAUCAAGCCUUCAAUUCCAUCCAGGCCUCUAAUAAUCCUCCACUGCUACCUACACCAAAUGUUUCUCAGUUGCAAGCCCACAACGCUCAAACUCAGCCAAACUGGAGCAGUUUUCAGAGGAACAAUUCUCAGCGAAAUUCCUUCAAUCUCGCAACAAAUUCCAUCGCCACAAUUUGGGAUUUUUACCGCUUCUCUCUGCAUGCUUCUGGCUGUUGUGUAUAUAUAUAUAUAUUAUUCAAUUGUUUGCAUUUAUUUUUUCCUUUCAUUUUUACUCAAUUAUUUUCACUUUUUCUCCAUGUGUUGCCUCAUGUAUGUUUCUCAAUUGUUUGAAUUUACUCUUUGCCUUCAGUUUUUACUGAAUUUAUUGACUUUUUGUGCAUGGGUUAAUCUAUUUGUUAUAUGUCAUGGUUAAA